AUGAGCAUCAACAGCCCACCCAGCCUCUUCGACGUUGCCAUCCUGAGCCUAUUGCGUGAUGAUACCUCAGCCAUCGCUGCUCUGGAGUGCCUGCCCAUAAACCUCUUCCCACCCCUGUUCAAGGUGGCCAUCACCGGAGGACACUUCAAGACAGUGACAGCAAUGGUGGGAGCCUGGCCCUUCCACUUCCUUGCUCUAGGGUCUCUUUUGGUGGCAGAGGAACCUCACCAGGAGAUCUUAAAGGCUGCACUGGAUGGGCUCGAUGUCCUGUUUGGCCAGAAGGUUCGUCCCAGAAGAUGGAGACUGCAAGUGCUGGAUUUACGGAAAAAAAUAGAUACCAGCUCCUGGAAUGCAGGAUCAGGAACAUUGGUUAGGUCAUCUGUGUACUUCGCAGAAGAGCCAGUGUAUGCUCAGCUUAGGCAAAGGAGGCAAAAUAUGGAGCAUUCAAAGUUGGGUGAGAAGCAGCCAAUUGUCUCUGUGCAGGUGCUCAUAGACAUGCGCAUCAGGAAAUGUGAUGAAUUCCUCACCUUUCUCAUUGAGAGGGUCCGGCAGAGAAAAGGCUUGAUGCGCCUCUGCUGUAAGAACCUAGCAUUUGUGGACAUGCCAUCCCAAAUAUCACUCAUUGAAAACAUCCUGCAGGCAGUACAACUAGACUUUAUCCAGAUCUUGACCAUAAACUGCACCUGGGAUCUGUUCAUCCUGGCAAGGAUUGCUCCUUAUCUGGGCUGCAUGUUCAAGCUGAGAAGACUCAUUCUCUGUAGAAUCACCACGCGUUUCUUUAAUUCUGAGGCGGAGGAUCGGGAAGUGGAGACCUCACUGGCCCAGUUCGCCGCUCAGUUCUUCCAUCUGCAUCAGCUCAAGGAGCUCCUCCUGCUCUCUGUUCACUGCCUGGAAGGGCAUUUGGAUCAAGUGCUCAGCUGCCUGGCAAGCCCUUUGGAGACCCUCUGGAUAACUGAUUGCUUGAUUUCAGACUCUGAUUUGACCUAUCUCACCGUCUGCUCGAAUACCAGCCAACUAAAUUCAUUUCAUUUGAGGGACGUUGUCCUGACUAAUGUUAACCCUGAGUUACUUCAAAGUCUGCUGAUGAGAGCCUCAACCACCCUCCACUUCCUGGACUGGAGUGGGUGUGGGAUCACAGAUUCCCAGCUCACUUCUAUCCUGCCUUCCUUGGGACACUGUUCCCAGCUCCAAUUCUUCAAGUUCUCUGGAAGUCUAGUUUCUAUGACUGUCUUAGAGAGGCUACUGAGGUAUACCCUCCCACUGUGCAAUUUCCAGUGUCUGGAGCUCCCGGUCCCAGUGGAAUGUUAUGUGGAGAACACAGGUAUUCUCCACCAGGACACUCUUGAAUUGCAUAUGGACAAGAUACGACAGAUCCUGCAGGAGUUAGAGAGGUGUUCCCAGGAUGUGAAGAGCUGCUAUCAUUCCAGCAUAGCAUACGACUCGAUUGUCCUCAAUUUUUAG